CCACCAUCAAAAUUCGUCGAUCCAUUCUUCUCUCGUGCCCUCUGCGAUCGCUCUCAUAACGAGAGAAGGCAAACUAUUCUACUUGGUUACGGGACCAAUUCGAUGCAUAAAAAUGACAGUCGCGCCGAUAUGUUUAUUGAGAAGCAUCUUAUUCUCCCCAUCUCACGGAACAGUGGUAUAGCAAGCGUUUGGCGAAGGACUUAGGAGCGGAUAAGGCCAUGAGGUGGGCCGGACCGACGGUGAAGACACGUCUGGAAUGUUAUGGGUGUAUCAACUCCUGCACUGAAAAUAUACUAUCCACUAUACAAUCCACCCGCGCUCUUCUAGACGGUCUCCUGGCGGGAUACCACUGGAUAUCGACCUCUAAUCAUUCGCCCGAGUUCAGCACACUUUGGGGCAGCAACGCGGUGCCCACAAAGUUCCAAGCUGGCCAGUUGGAGGCCUCAAUCAAAAUCCUAGACACUCCCAUCAGUGAAAUUCAGGCCGAGAUCGACCUGCUCCGUAACGCAGUUGCAUCCUUGGAAUCGCGUGUGUCACGUCUCACGGCAAUUAGACGCGACUACAAAUCAGUCUCGUCUCCACUCCGUCAUUUGCCCGCAGAGAUACUUGCGGAGAUCCUGUGCUGGACUCGAAAGCCUCGUAGUAAUUCCAGGUCAAAAGGGCCAUAUUACGUCUCUGGGAUCGAUAUUUGCAGGAUUGAAGAGGGGCCGUGGUAUCUCGGUCAGGUCUUCAGCGCCUGGAGAAAAGCCAUCGAGAACCUCUGUCCCGAACUAUGGUCGUCAUUGACAAUAACCGUUCCUCAGGACGACGACUUCCCUCUCCUCCUUGUCUUCAAAAAGGAUAUGGUAGCUCUGCUCGAACGCGCGCUCGAGCGAGGCCGUGGAUAUCGUCUUGACUCUUCCUUCAGGUAUUCUGUAUAUGGCGUGAUUUCGAAUGGACCUGAGGACGAGGGAUAUCGACGCGUUCGAAAUCGCACCCAAGCUGAAAACCCUCCAUUUGACAGGUCUCAGGGAACGCCUGAAUAUCUGGAUAUCAUCGCAUCAGCUCCCAACAUUCUCUUGUUCUCUUAUCAUCACCACACAGUCAUCCCUCAAUCUGCUGGUUUGCAAUUCCCUAUCGUCAGAAACGUAUCCCUUCGAACGCUUUCAGCGUCGCUGGGAGGAUUCCUCUCUAGUCUCGACUUGCCGGGUUUGACGAGCGUGACGCUCACAUCGGGCUGCAAAAUGACUAAGGUCGUACAUGCCGAUGCGAUUCUAUCUCCCCAACUCCUGUCACUUACCAUCGAAUAUCAUGUGUGGACUGACGAAUCCAGUGUCGCCACUAUGAGCCGUCUUUUUCAUCAAAUGACGGAAACCCGACUUAUAGGAGACAAUGUCCAUUACACCCUGGUUCCUUCACUAAAGGAACUAGCUAUUAUUAUGCAUCAAGUGGAUGAUUUGCCCGUCAAUUUCCUCAACCAGGACUUUUUGGACAUGGUUACCGCACGUCGAAUGCUUCGUCAUGAAUCUCUGUUUGAAAUUCUCGAAGUCAAGGUUGCAGGGAGGUCAUGUGGUGAUGUGUUGGACGACUUGGAGUAUGAGGUCCUUCAUAUUCAUUUGGACUUUGAUGAUCAGGAGGAGCAAAAUUUGGUCAUGGAAGAUUAUACCAGUGGUUUUGAGAGUGAUUAAAUGGGGUUUACAAAGCGAAAAGCUGUUUGGUUGCAUACGAG